UCUCAGUAUUGUAAUCGAGAAAAGAGUAAAGUUUGCAACAAUUUUAUUGAACAUGAGCUCGAAACCGUAUGGAAAACCUGUAAAUCCCGGGGCUAAAUAUGGACAGAAUGCAGCCCGAGAUAAACAAAUUGGGAUACUCCUUUUUGUUCUGGAUGGACUCAUUUUGACUUCUGCUAUUUUCCUAUUCGCUGGAAAACAAUCAUGCCCUGAUGGAAUUGACAACAACUAUUCGGCAGAUUAUAGCUUCAAUAUAUCCGAAACUGGAAAUGUUAAUCUCCAGCAAUAUGAUCACGAUAGUCCAGCGUUUAAUCGAUUUCAACCAUCUUCGUACGGUAGUUCAAGCUAUGAAUCGUCCCCGUUUGCUUCAAGUUUCGGAUCAUCAUCCUAUGGAUCCAGCUACAAUUCUAAUUAUGGCGGCACAUCGCCGUCAUCGUGGGCGCCGUAUGGAUCAAGUUCAACCAUUACGGGAUCCGGAUAUAAUUGGCCAUCUUAUAGUCCAACAGUAUGGAAUUCCGGCUCCACAUCUGGAUCAACCCAUGAUACUGGCUCAUCAUCUUACGAUUCCUUGUCAUCUUUUGGAUAUAGUCCCGGACCCAAUUAUGGUUUUGGAACUUCUUCGUCAACGGUAACAUCUGGUUCCGAUUCAUUGUACGGAUCGUCGUAUGGUGAAUCGAGUUUCACGUCUUGGACAGGAUCAUCACCCUCUGAUUUAGGGUCUACAUACGGAUCGAACUAUGGUUCGGGAUUUCCUAGUUCAUCUUCGGGAUCGUCUGCGGGUUCAGGGUCGACCUACGGAUGGAACUAUGGUUUUGGAUCCCCCAGCUCAUCUUCCGGAUCAUCUGAUGAUUCAGGGUCUACCUGGAACUAUGGUUUUGGAUCUCCAAGCUCAUCUUCCGGGUCAUCUGAUGGUUCAGGGUCAACCUAUGAGUGGAACUAUGGUUUUGGAUCCUCUAGCUCACCUUCCGGGUCAUCUGAUGGUUCAAGUUCGACUUAUGAGUGGAACUAUGGUUUUGGAUCUCCUAGCUCACCUUCCGGGUCAUCUGAUGGUUCAGGUUCGACUUAUGAGUGGAACUAUGGUUCCGGAUCGCCAAGCUCAUCUGUUAGUUCCGGUUCCUCUAGUACAUCCUCCGGGCCAUCCGUUGGUUCAGGGUCGACUUUUGGGUGGAACUAUGGUUCUGGAUCUUCUGCUGGGUCAUCGGUCGGUUCAUCUUCCGGUGCCGGAUCAUCAAGUGGAGAGAGUAUUGACACUGGAUCUUCUUCAUCUAUUUCGGAAACAACAUCUGACGCUGAUUCCAGCAAUACUCAAAAUCUUACUGGAUGGGAGGCACUCAUCGCAUCCGGCUAUGGCACAACUUGGACUUUUGGGACCGGCGUUGGCACUGUUACUUCGCUGGCAGAUAAGGGAAUUACUGUCGGAAUUGGAACCGCAUCAUCUUCAGCAUCGUCGAACGGGAGUAGUGGAGGCCCCCAUCUAGCCGCCGGAGAAACCAUCAGCUACUGGGUGUACAAACCUUACAAGCCAAAGCCAAAGCCAACUUCACCUUCAAGUGGUUCAACAAUUGAUCAGGGAGCAACAAGUGGAGUCAGUUCAAGCUUUAGUGUGGCUCCAUCUCCAAGCGGGACAGGGUCAACAAAUCAAAUUGCUGGAAUAAAUGCUGGGGCAAAUGGAUUUGGUUCCACAACUGGAUUUGGGUCGACUUCUGGGGGUUUUGGUGACACUUCUGGUGGAUCACUUCCAAUAGGAGGUGGCUCAACUGCGAUAUCUCAAGGAGAAUAUCCAUUCAAGGAUCUUGUCGACAUCAUACCUGAAGAUACAAUUGUCAACACCGACUUUAAAUGCGGCAUUCCAAAAGUCAAACCAAAUUUAAAAACAGGACGAAUCGUGGGUGGAACAGAAGCAGUGAAACAUAGUUGGCCAUGGACAGUAAAUGUGAUGGCGCGGGAUGCAAUAUUUUCAGGCGAAGAAUUUUUCAAUAGCGUAUGUGGUGCCACAAUUGUUUCACCAAAACAUGUAAUAUCAGCAUUACAUUGCUUCGCCUCAAACUCAGGCCCGGGUGUCAAGGAAAAGGUUAAAGUGGAUGUAAAUAGAUACUGGCGAUUGUUUAUAGGAAAACAUGAUCAAAUGCACGUCAAAGGAGAACAAUAUGAGAUCGCAAAACUACGUUGGCAUCAUAAAGGGGUAACAUUUCCAUACGUUAUUUACGAUUUAGUAAUACUAACAACAAAAAAAGAAAUCAAGUUUUCUGAUAAAGUACAACCAGCAUGCCUUCCGAAAUACCAAGCGGAACGAAAGCACGGGUCGUGGUGUUGGGCUGUGGGAUGGGGUUUCACUCAAGGCACAGGUUCGGAUAAUGAAUUAAAACAAGUCAGACUUAAAAUUGGAAAUCCGGAAGCGUGUGAGAAGAAUUUGGGAUACAGCAAAGAAUUGCUAAAAAAGGAAAUAGCUGUUUGCGCUGGAACAGAAAAGGGACAAGAUACUUGUCAAGGCGAUAGUGGCGGACCUCUCACUUGCGAAGAUAACGGUAAAGUAACGUUGUACGGAGCUACAAGUUGGGGAGGUGAUUGUGGAUCAGGCAACUACGCAGUUUAUGCGUCAGUCUCUUUUGCACUUGAGUGGAUUUGUUGCUUCAUGGCGAAUAUUCCGGGUUGUCGAGGUGUCAGCUGUAAUCCCAAACCAGAGUAAUUCAUGUAUAUAUUUCAGUAACCUUUUUUUUUUAAAUAAAACGAUGUUAACUGACUGUGAAA